CGAUCUUGGCGAAAGGGCGCACGCAUGGCGGCAGUGCAGGCACACGAAUUCGAGCUCGACCUCUCGGCCGUGCGCGCUCGCAACACGGUCUUGUCGCGGACGUAUGGGCGCCAAGUGCUCUUGACCAAGGCGGCGAAGGACCGCGAGGGCCCGGCCAGCGCGCGACGGAGCAGCCCACCGACGCGACCGCCGAACCGUGGUGUGCAGACCGCACGCGCUCCGGCCCGCGGUUCCGGCAGCAGCAACCCGCGAAGCGCCGCCUCAAGCGACGCCAGCGACCUUGUCGACUCGCUCGAGGUCGCGCUGCGAGCCAUGGAGGCGCAGUCGGUGCAGCGGCGCAUUGUCGCGAGCCCGUCGCGCCCCGUCAUGGCGCUAGAUGGACGCAGAAACAAGGCGCCCGCAGAGAGGUCGAGAGAAGCGUGGUUCCAGAAGCAAGAGUACUACCUGCGCAAGCGGCGCGUGGCUGAGAGCGAUCGCGCCACGUAUCUCACAACGCCAUCGCUCGCCAUCAAGCCGAUAAGCAUCGAGAUAUUGAGAACGCUGCAGUCCAACGACGACGCGCUCCAGCUCCAAGGCCGCCUGUAUGCUCAAAAGCUCGACGGGCUCCGACGCAAGUUGCAAAGCACAGCGCAGACCAUUGACGCGCUGCGACGGCGGGGCGCGCCGCUCUCCGACGUCGACGCGUGCAGAGAGGCCAUCGAGGCCAUGGAGAGCGCGAUCGCUGUGUUUCGGUCCAACCAGCACGCGCAGUUUGACGACCUCGUCGUGCACGAAGGCCAGCUCGAGCGCGACCUGCACCGCUUUGAGACCAAGAUGGAUGCGUGGUCCAACGAGCGCCCGAUCGACCGCCCGACAACGGGCAAGGCGCCGCGAGUAGCCGCCGCCAAUGACGUCGAGACGCGUCAGGACAUUGAGCGCGUCCGCAUGCUUGAUAGCCUCUUGCACGAGACGGGCGAUGCGUGCGGCGGCUGGGCGUACGACGACCACGCGCACUUUGUCGCAGUGCUCCACGCGUCGGGCCUCACCGACCCGGACGACCUCGUGUCCUACUUUACAGCCAGCACGGUUCGCAGCGACGAUGACGGCCACAACAACCACGACGACGACGACGACGGUCACAACGACGACGACGACGACGCGGUCGCCAACGAGAUUGCACUCCUCGACCAACGCGCGUCCGUUGCUGCCAAGCUCGGCCUCUUUAGGACCAAGUGCCACGCCAAGCUGCCGUUCAAGACGACGAGCGCGGUGCAGACGCACCUCGAGUGGUACGCGCAGCACCUCUCGCUGCUGCAGGCCAAGAAGAAGACGAUUGUGAAUUGGCGAGAGCGCAAGAAGAGUCUGGAGCGGCGCGAAACAACCGCAGCGAGCCAUACUAGUACGAACGAGCGCCCUCGGUCGUCGCGGAACGUGACCGAGCGCCAGCGGAAGAAGACGCAGAUUCUCGAGUGGAAGGCGGCGAAAGCGCAGCAGUCGCAGCGCGUUGAACCAGAGACGCUCACUGCGCAGGCGUCCGUGGCGACGCUCAAACGCAUCGAGAUCAAGCAAAAGAUCGCACUCUACAAGCUCGAGAAGGAAGAGGAGCAGAUGCGGCAAGCGAGUCUCUCGGAGCUCAUGAAGCCCAUGGCCCGCGCACCCUCCAAGGAGCAACUCAUGACGUCGGCCGAGCGGGCCGUCCACGCCGCGAAAGCGCGCCUCGAGAAGGUGCUUGCCAGCGCUGCCGCAACGCGCCAGGCAGCAGAGCUACCACUUCGGCCCAAGUCGUCUCGACAGCUACUCGCCAGCGCGAGCUCGGACCUGCUCAAGCCGACUGCGGCGUCGGCGGCGCGGGCCGUGACGCCCGACGAGGUAGAGCAGCAGAGCGCGGCGCGGGCCGCGCGCGCCGCCCAUCGCGGCUACAUUCCUGGGGCAGACGGAGCCACGCACGUCAAAGGCCGGAGCUUCGGCCACGUACCCAGCCAGCCCCGUGCGACGCCGGAGUGGCGCAAGCGUAUCUAACUCAACGUGUAUCG